AAGUCGUUUUUCUCGUCGGAGCAGCGAUUUGGGUUCUAUUAUUAUUACGGGUGAGAAAGUUCCAUUGGAAGGUGCAGCCUUCUAUUUCUGCGUGUUCACCGUUGCUGUUCCAUAUUUUGUUGGGCGUCAACCAUCGUGCAAUGACUGAAAUAUUCACCGAUGAUGACAAGCAAUACUUGAUCAGGCCAAUCAAAGGAAAGGGUCAAGGGCGUGACACGCUUACGUUUGACGUUAAAUGUAAAAAUGAUGCUCACAUUGCAUUGCUCAGCAGCGAGGAAAUUACUUCACCCAUGGUCGAAAUUUUUAUUGGCGGAUGGACCAACCAAAAAUCGGCUAUUCGUCUGAAUCAAAGCCGACCCGACAAGGCCGAAGAACCUACGCCUGAUAUUGUUUGCUGCGAAGAGUAUCGACGUUUCUGGAUUCGCUUCAGAAAUAACCUUUUUCAAGUUGGAAGAGAGGGAGACGAAGAGCCUUUCCUCAGUUGGGAAAAUACUGAAGAGCCAUUCAAAGUGACUCAUUUCGCUUUCUCCACCGGAUGGGGAUCAGCUGGUUCUUGGAUCUUUGACGACGAGGAGCAAUCUUCGUCUUCCUCUUCGUCGUCUUCGGAAGAAGAGGAUGCCGAAAAAAUCCGACAGAGAGGUAAGAAGCCAUUCUACCGUCGACCAGCAGUUUGGUUAGACAUGAAAGAUGGAAAAGUGCCAAUGAGGGCUGUUAUUGGCGGUGUAGACUCGUCAGGAGAAAAGAUCUAUGUCGGUCGACUCAAGAAAGAUGGGACUCUUUUACCUGGUAAAAUAGUCCCCUCGCAUAGUUGUUGUUAUGCGGCUCACGACGGUCAAGAGUGUGGAUCAUCAAAGUUUCAGGUUUUAGUUCGCAACAAAUGCUGUGAACUCAUCUGGGUUGCCGCUGGUGAUGGACAUAUUCCAUUUGGUGCUCUUCAAGGGGGAUUCUGUACGGAUAAGGAACCCGUUUAUAUUGGAAGAGUCAUGCAUGAAGGAGCCACUUCCAUUGGAUUGGUACAUCCAUCACGUGGAAUUUGUCUGUGUUCCUAUGGCGGUGAGGAAAUCUCCCACAACGAGUACGAAGUCUUGGUCGUCAAGUCUGUCCCACUUUAAACCUAGCAGCCAAGCAUAUUUGUGAUAACUGGUAUUUCAUUGGAUUUGAAAUGAAUUGAGAAAAAAAAUGCCAAUAAAUGAUUGCAGACAUUUAAAAAAAAAGAAAAAGAAAUUGUUGACAACGUCGAAACUCCGAAGAAGAAAUGGUGCACAGUAAAUCAGUACAACUGUAUUGGACUUGUGCUAUUCACGACUGAGAGUCUUUUGUUAAGUUAUCUAGAGCUUGCAAAAAUACUUUUUUUAAGUUGUUUAAAUUGAAUUCUUUGCCUGAACUUGAAACAGCUGUUGUUGGCGCUGCUGGAAGGAACCUUUGUCUGACGACUUGUUCAACAGGAAGCAGAGCCUUUUCGAGCAAACUGACACUUCUUUGUUUAUCGCUGCUGCUUUUCUCUACUUUGAGUAAAGCCAGCAAACAUUUCAAAGAACCUUGCAGCAUGUGUGUGGCAGUCUUGAAGUCCUGUCAUCAGGUUUCCUGCACGGGCAAGGGAGAAUCUAAACUCACUUGUAGAUUUGUCGAUGCCGAAUAGUAAAGACGUAAACGACUUUGCAAUUCAUCGACUAGUAGGGCUAAUGCAGCCAAACUAUCUGAUUGCAACCUGUACUUAUUUGUAGUUUUCGACACCAAAAUAGAAACCACCGGGCCAUUGAAGUGUUUUAAAGCAAUGAGGUUAGAUGCAGAUUCGUCGACUGCAAAAUCUUUAAUUACAAUAUAAUUUACUUAUGAAUAAUAUUGGAUUUGUAUAGAAGUGUAUACCUUGAAAUAACUGAGCCAAACUGGCAGCUGGUUGGUUUGCUGAUAACGUUACCUUAACUCGGGCUUCACGGACUGGCACCGAGGACUGCAUAACAAGUUGCAGUGGUAAGAUGAACUGUUUAGUCACCGACAAAGCUCCAACCAAAGCAGUGACGACCGUAACUUCUACACGUAGCGAAGCAACCAUUCCGAAUUUAGAAGGAGCAACAUGGAACAUCAUCGGUAACACAGCUUGUCCUUUGCCUUCCAUUGUAAGUAAAAAAAUAGUGAAACUAAAUAUUGAUGCUGUCAAUCUUUUAAUUACCGUCGAGCUGAAGGCAAGUUUCAGAAGGUGUAGCAACAAUUAACGGAUCGCAAGUAAAAAACACUCGUAUGUUAGCAUUUUGAUUUUUUGGUAUGGUAAUUAUUAGAUUUCCUUUGAUUGCCUUAGCUAACCGCUGUGUCUCCAAGUACUCGGAGCACGUUUGGGCAUCGAGCUUCAGAUCGAGUUCUAUAUCUUUUUCUUUCGGAUUUACUGGAAUGUAACAGUAGGCUGUUAAAGGGUUACAUCUUGUUAGAAACGCUUUAAUAUUAAUAUACACUCUUUCAAUUCCCCUGCAUGAAGGGACUUUUUCAGUUGUUGGAGUUCCUUCAUCCCACGUCCAUAGUUAAUAGAUCGCUGCGGUGCUUGAAGAAAGCUGUAUUCAACUUGCUGUGUUCCCAUGUACACGACGUUCACUUGGCCGAGAUCAGUAAGAGUAACUAUCAACCCUUUUAUGAACUAAAAGCACAAUUAGAAGAAAAGGUAAAGAAAAAAAGAAGUUAAAAAGAUUCAAUCCUUUGAUUGUACCUGAAAAGUUGCUAUUUUAAUAACUAAUGGGGUUGUGGGCAACUUGCAAUUCCAUUCCACGAUGUUGUCUUUAUAGACAAAUAAAGUACUUGCAUCCGUGCAUAUUAAAAUCACUACAUCAUCCACGUAGUCCGCUAAAAAGGAAAAAGAUUACACCGAGGGAACUUCAGAAGAUGGUGUAGACAAUACGAACGCGGGGUCAAUAGAGUGAAACACAUCGGGUGAUAGUCCAAUUUCCUGACCCAUAAAAUCGUUCCGUCGCUAUCCUUCAAGCAAUAGAGAUGCCUUUCACCUAAAAUCACGAUGUAGGAACCGAGAUUCUGAACAUCUAUCGCCGGUUCACUAAGUUCGAAUUCCCAAUCAAAAAGAAGUUUAUUUGACG